CACAAUCAGCCUGUUGGUGAAAAAUCUUGUUCCUGAUGCUGACCUUUUCACUCAGCUUCCCAUUCUUCCUGUGAUUUGGGCGCUAAUCCUGUAAAACCCUGUUAACUCACUCUCCAGCAGACAAGAAGAGAUAGAUUUACAGUUUGCAUUCAAACUAUUUUAGCUGCAGUUUCAGGGGGGAAUGGAAAUACGAUUUAAAAACGACCAGUUCCAGUUGGAUUACACCACUAGAGGGAGACAAAGUCUCUCAAGCAACCAGGUGAAUGAUCAAAGAAACAGAAACAGGUGGGUGAUGCAAGAGCUAACUCACCUGGAUUGCAAAUACAAACAUCUAUGAACUAACAAGAUGGGAAAAGGCAGCAAAUUUGAGUGCGUCAGCCUGGAGCCAGAAGUGAAAGACCGGCUUUUUGACCUACCCCCUCUCUCUGUGCUCCUGUCCGAACGUGCGUUCUCUCCUCCCCCCUCCCUCCCUCACCCCUCCUGGCUUCGCUUCUGCAUGACAAAGCACAAGCCGGAGCAGAGCUGCUUGGCACAACCAGUCCCGUCCCACCUCAGGAACCAUCGCCAUCAACUUGACUUCUACAGAAAUGGGCUGCGGAGUUUACCGUCCAGGUGCGUAACGCGGAGCUCCUCAGCCCGCCGCACGGUUCAGAUGGCUCCGCUGCAGCCGCCGCGUCUGGAGGCACCAUCCGUGUCUGUGCGCACCAAGGGAUUCAUGGAUGACCCGCCGGUAUCGCACCAGAAUGAGGAUGGUGCCCACACGACGCAGCAACGAAUGACCCAGAACGCAUCUUCGCGCAGCGGUAAAGCGGAGAAAAGCGGGAAGAAGAAGAACUACCAGCGGUAUCCAAAACCACCGUACUCUUAUCUUGCCAUGAUCGCCAUGGUCAUCCAACGAUCUCCAGAAAAGAAGCUGACGUUAUCUGAGAUCUUCAAGGAGAUCAGUGCCCUCUUUCCAUUAUUCAAAGGAAGCUACAAUGGAUGGCGUGAUUCCAUAAGACACAACCUCUCCUUCUAUGACUGCUUUUUUAAGGUGCUGAAGGACCCAGACAAGCCUCAGGGAAAAGGGAACUUCUGGGCUGUGGACCUGAGCCGUGUUCCUCCGGAGCUCCUGAAGAGGCAGAAUACAGCUGUGUCCCGUCAGGAUGAGACCAUUUUUGCUAAGGAUCUGGCCCCUUACAUCCUGCAGGAUUACAAACAAAUAUCUGAGACACCCCCUGAUUCUGUGACCUCCGUCCCCCCCAUGCGCUCUGAAGACCCCUCGCCCUCACAGGACUCGUUUCGACCCAAGCUGGACUCCUCCUUCGCCAUCGACUCCCUUCUGCACAGCCUGCGGCCCUCUACUGCUUCUGCGGAGGUGGACAAGGACUGCUUGGGCGAGAUGGAACGCCCUCGUCCAUCUCCUCCUCCACAACCCCGUUACACCUCCUCUGCCAGCUCUGUGAGUCCUGCCUCCACCGCUUCCUCUUCUGAUGAGGACUGGAGGGGAGCUCCACACCUUGGGAAGCGUAAUGCUAAAAGUUAUGAGGACUACAGGCUGCCACUGCACAAAUCCUCCAGACGGGAAACUCUUGCUCCUCCAUGGGAGCUCCCUACCUCCUAUGCUAAGUAUGCUCCUCCUAAUGCUGUUGCCCCACCUAGCAUGCGAUUCAGCGGAGGUCCGCUGAUGCCUCUGCAUGGUGGAAUACCUUUUUACAGCUACAGCAGCUCUCCUGUGACCUCUGGUCACUUCUUGAGUCACGCCUACUGGCCCAUCCUCCCCAGCCGGCAGGUAUCGGUUCAAGCCCCACCCUUGCUCAUGGACCUGGACAGCAUGUUGCAAUCCGUGCCUCCAAAUAAAAGCGUUUUUGAUGCCCUGAUGCCAACAAAUCAGAACUCGUACUCACAUCAGCAGCCGCAGAGUCCGUACAGCCUGCAGAACGGGGCACCGCUCGACCGGUACCAUCAGUACUGA